UUCAAUUAUAAACCUAAAGUAGGAAAUUUUGUUUGACGUCAAGUUGAUUAGUAUUAUCAGGAGGAAAAUCGAUCCUUAUAGCCUGUACCUCCGCUAAUUAGCCUAAAACCUAAUAAUAUUCGAUAACGAACUUCAAACCACUCCAGUACUAUAAAAACCAUCAUUAGUGUAACAUAAUCAUUAGUUGCGUUCACACUUCCGCUUAAAUUUUAAUCUAACUCCAAUGGCUGUCAUUUCUUCAGCAUUUUUCAAAGUUAGUGACUAUGUGCGUCGAUCAGCGGACCCAAUAUACCUUGAAAUGAUCUGUCAAGAGCAUUACAGCAUCAUUAACCUACCAAUUGUCGCCACUUGCGUUAAUUUUUUCCUUCCCUGCAACGCAAACAAGAACAAAUGUACUGAUUAUCCAUGUUGGGACAUUUCCCGGGUGGUCCUUAAAUCUAACAACAGCUCGGAUUACAUCAACGCGAAUUAUAUCACAGGAUUUGAUAUGAGUGCCAAAUUUAUUGCAACGCAAGAGCCAAUGCCUGGAACGUUCAAUGAUUUUUGGAAAAUGAUCUGGCAGGAGAAUUCCCGAGUGAUUGUGAUGUUAAACGGCACCAAGCAACAAUCAGAACAAUUAGAACCAAGGAAUCUCCAGUAUUUCGCGCCAAUUCAAGAUAACACACUGAUUAAAGACUUCAUUAUCAAGGAAGAACGCAUUAAGCGGAAUUCUCAUUAUAUUCAAACAACAUUGAAGGUAACUCAUCUAGAAACUGGAAAAGUGAGGCUCAUCCAUCACUUCAAGUACUUAGAUUGGCCGGAAAAUGUAGCUCCGGAUGUUAAUAAGCUUAUUGACUUCUUGUUAGCCGUCAAUAGAAAAUACCAAGCUUUUUUUAGAAAAAUGUUGAAGACUAACCAAAUUUUACCGGGUCCAAUUGUCGUUCAUGGGGAAAAAGGUAUCGGAAGAACUGCUGCGUAUUGUGUUGCAGACAUAUGCUUGUACCAAAUAGCACACACUGCGAGUGUAUCAGUGCCUUCAAUUGUGAUAAAAGUAAGACAACAACGGAGAUUAAGUAUGCAAACUGCUAACCACUAUAUUUUUGUUAAUAAUCUUGUGCUUUAUUUUUUGGUUACUUUGAGGACGAAUAUUAAAGUGUACAUGGAGUUGCGCUCACACUUGACUAAAAGUGAUGUAGAUUUGUUGUUCAGAUCUUGA